UUCUCUUCAGAGUAGUGUGGCAAAAAGCAAGAAGUGGUAUUUAACUACAGAAUGCCGUGAUUGUUGACAAUUUCUAAAAAAUUCAUUAUGGCCGACGUUGAACAUAGGAACAGAGUUGUAUUGUUAGGCGCUGGAAAUGUUGGCAAGAGCGCCAUUUUAAAAAGAUUUUUAUUCGGCACAUUUUCCUCGGAAUACAAAGAGACUGUAGAGGAUUUGAUCACACGUGAUUUUGAUGUGCACGGAAACGCCGUAAAGGUCGAUUUCUUAGACACUGCUGGCACAAUGGUAUUUCCAGCUAUGAGAAAACUCUCAUUAACAACUGCCCAUGGCUUUGUUCUUGUGUAUUCGAUCACUAGCCAAGAAUCUUUCGAAGAGAUGAAAGGUAUCUGGCAACAAAUCAAAGAAGAGAGACCAAAUUAUCUUGAAAUUCCGUGUGUUAUUGUCGGUAAUAAAGUAGACUUAGAGAAUGAUCGACGAAUUGAAAAAUUUGACGCAUUAAAUUGGAUUUAUACAGACGGCUUUUGUGGAGGAUUUCUAGAAGUUUCGGCUAAAGAUGACGAAUCAAUCACUGACAUUUUUAAACAUUUGUAUGAACAAUCGAGAGGCGGUAUUCGCCAUCUUGAUCCCCUAGUUGGUCGUAGAAUGAGUACGAAUUCCCUAGACGAGACUGAAACGGAAAAGGCUGAUGAGUGGGAUAGCGAUGCCAAGAAAUUUAACCGAAGUCGAAGUUUAAUAAGGAGAAGUAGUAAGCCAAAAAUGAAACGAAAUAACCGCCGUGGUCAAACCAAACACGAACCUGAUUGCGUGAUAUCUUGAUUAUUUGCUCACUGGAUGGACGUUGUUUUGAAACAUACACCACUUCUAUUGGAUGUAAUUGUAUAAAUAUUUAAUAUCCCGCUUCCUGGUGCUUUGUAAAAUGCUUUAUGGUAGAUAGGUAUUAG